AUGCAGCACAUAAAAUUCCUUAAACUAAAGAAUGAUAUUGUGACUCACUUAGCGAUUACUGGAUAGUAUAAGAAAUUUUUGGUUGGGUUAGUGGGGAUUAAAAAUGAACAAUUGAACAUAUGGACAAUGAAAAAUAUGUUGGAUUUAGACAAGCAUUAAAAGUUAAAGUUUAGUUUAGACUUAGAGGGAAGGGCAACUCAUCUAAUGUCUCAUAAAGCUACUCUUAAUAGAUAUUUAAUAGUAGCUUUAAAAGGAGGCUCAAUAGAAGUUAUAGAAACGAGCUCAUUUACAAAGUACUUUAAAACAGAUGGCUUGAUUAAGUUUAAUCUUACUGUUUUUAAUGAAAGCAAAAAAGCCAGUAAGUUUGUUGGUUCUCUUUUAAUUGCUUGUGAAAAUAAAACCUUCAAAUUUGUAAAGCCAAAACUAGAAUUAUAGCAAAUGAAUAACAUCUUGUUAGAUUUUGCAUUCCCCGAGCAAGUUGAUGCUGCUUAAUGUCUAAGUGGAGGUAUUCUGCUAAUCUGUCUUGCAAAUGGAUUCAUGAAUUUCUUCAACUUAAAUUUGGAUUAAGUAGAAAGAAGCAAGCCCUUUAUUAUGAAGACUUUAAAUUAAGCUCAGUAAAUCUUCACUUUCAACAGAGGUUUACAUUUUUUGAAGCUAUCCUAGAAUGAUGAAUGGAAAUAUUAAUUAGAAUUAUACGGAGGUAAAUCAGGUAAUUAAAUCUUUUGGUUUGAGCUUGAAGCUAAGGGUCUCAUUGCCUCAAUAGCAAAAUUGAAAAAUCAGAUUAUUAUAUUAAGUGAUGAUGGAUACUUUUACUAUUAUGAGUUGUAAUAUGAUAAAUAAGAGAAUUGA